AUGGACUUGGCAGCCAACCCUCUUCCUUUUGCCCCUAUCACUUCUACUGAGGUCUGCUACGUUUCUGCAUCUUAUCCUUCGUACAGUGGAGAACAAACAAGGUCCCGCUCAAGGAGAUCAAACAGAUCCUCAAGUGAUGAGGACCCAGUUACAGCAUGGGACGGAUUCAUAGAAGAGGACUUUCGCGCCGGAGGGCUCAAUCUCUGCGAGGGGCCUUGCGAGACUAUCCACAAAAUCCCAAAAAGCCACCCAUACUACGAUAUCCUGGCUGGUUCGGACAGAUUCGAUCUCGAACUCGAGCUUUUCCGCCUCGCACGGGAAAUAAACCCAGAGAUCACUGAAAUCCACUUCUGUGGCAGAAGAUCGCUACUAGAAGUGAACCAAGACCCCUCCCUGACUGUGCUCUUCUACGGACAGCGCCAUCUAGACACCACGCGAGGCUGGAUCGAUAUUGCGAGAAAGGUUCGCCAUCGCUUGCAUCAAAGGGGUCUCGAGAUGCAGGUAGAGAUUCUUGAUAUUCGGUUCUGCCAGCGCGUAAUGCCCUUCCCCUGCUACCCUAGCGAUGCGAUUUUUCCUAUUUGGGCAGACGUGGUGGACAGAAUCCUGAGCACACUUGAUGUAUCGGGUAUCUAUACAAUAGGUUGCUACCGUAUAGGAAGUGAUGAUCGCCAGAAAAGCUCGCCAACAAUCCUAGUCGGCAUGGACCGGAAGCCAAAUCACAACUGGAAGAUCUUUCGAGAGGAUUUGGUGGGAAUCCUCGAUCAUUUUGGACUAUCGACAGUUGCCAUCCUGCUGAGAAAAGAAACCAGCAUCCUCAGAAAUGGUGAUGAUGAUGUACCAGCUUUUACGUACACUCCGGUCGCUGCCAAAUCUACAAGGGAAGUCAAUCUUGGAUGCAGUCUUUGUCCUAGCCAGCAAAUACAAGGUGGAGGGACUUUUAGUGGCUGGAUAGAGCUGCAAAACCCUGACAACGGCGCCUGGGAGCCAUUCGGAAUUACAUGUACCCACUGUGUUCUACCUGAUGACAAGGUCCUUUCAGAAACCCAAAGACCGGUCGAGGAGUGGAGACGCAAUGGCGUCCCAUUUGCAGAUGCCAAGGCAGCCGAAAUCCUUCUUAUGGACUCCCCCAGUCGUUCUGAGAUCAAGAGAGGAACCGGGUUUCUCACUGGUUUGGAAGAACAUUAUACUAAGAGCCCGACCUAUCAAAGAGUCCAAAAGGCAAAAAGAGAAGAUGAUCUCGUUUUACCAUACGAAGAGAAAGCUUGGAAGGAAUCGCAAACUCAACUAAAAGCCUACAGAGACGAGAAAGAAGCCCUAGAGCAAUUUAUUAAGAAGGGCUACCUCUACUUGGGUCAUGUUAUGGUUGCCUCCGGCCUUCAAGAAAGGCCCAAGAAACUCGAGUCGUUGCCUUCGAUUGUUGACUGGGCGUUCAUCAGGCCCCUUGACCGGUCUGUCGGUACUAAUGACGAGCUAUUGGCUAAUGAGGAACUGUCCAAAAUUGGUUCCGUGGCAGGCUUGACUCGGGGCUCUUACAAUGGCCUGAAAACAGCGAUAAUUAGGACAAAAAUCAUCAAUGGACAAGAAGAUAAUGUUACGGCCUGGGCACACACAAUCACAUCCGGCUCUUUGGAAACGGGGGUUGCUAAAGCAGGUGACUCUGGCUUUCUCAUCUUCGAUGCUCUUAAUGGUGUGGUCGGUAUGUGCUUUGGGGGAGCGUACGCAGGCGACAUAUUAUAUUUCACACAUACGUCCGACCUGAUUGAGAGUAUUCGGGAGGUCAGUGGAGCUACUCAAGUACGUCUUCGCGUUUGA